AUGGCAUCAGCUCUCACCAGAGGUGCCCUGUCGGCGCCGUUGCGCCAGGCUCGGUACCCGCUUUACACGGCAGCACAGCGAACCUUCCUCACCACUGCUCAGCGGGCCAUCGGCGGAUCCGGACCUGGGGGCUCGGUGGUGUUCCUGCGACUUAUUUCCAGCGACCUUCUCUCCCGGCCAAUACAAUUCCAGAGUGCAAUCACUGCCGACAACGUCACUCUUGAACUCGAUGGUGUUUUGUACACGAGGGUGUUCGAUGCCUACAAGGCGAGCUACGGGGUAGAAGAUGCCGAAUACGCCAUUUCCCAGCUCGCCCAAACGACCAUGCGCUCCGAAAUUGGCCAGCUGACCCUCGACCAUGUUCUUAAGGAGCGCGCUGCCCUUAACACCAACAUCACCGCGGCUAUCAAUGAGGCUGCGCAAGCCUGGGGCGUCACUUGUCUUCGAUACGAAAUCCGCGAUAUUCACGCGCCCGAUGGCGUCGUUGAGGCCAUGCAUCGCCAAGUCACGGCUGAGCGGUCGAAACGAGCCGAGAUCCUCGAGUCCGAAGGUCAAAGGCAGUCCGCUAUCAAUAUCGCCGAGGGUAAGAAGCAGAGCGUCAUCCUUGCUUCUGAGGCGUUAAAGGCGGAGCAGAUUAACCGCGCCUCCGGUGAGGCCGAGGCUAUCCUGAUGAAGGCCAAGGCAACGGCUGCCGGCAUCGAGGCCGUGGCUAGCAGCAUCGAGCAGGGCCAGGAAUCCGCUAGAAGCGCGGUGAGCCUGUCCGUGGCGGAGAAGUACGUCGACGCAUUCGCGCAACUCGCCAAGGAAAGCACAGCUGUCGUCGUCCCCGGAAACGUCGGGGAUAUCGGCGGUAUGAUUGCCACCGGUCUCAGCGUGUACGGCAAAGUCAACGAGUCGCAGGCCAAGACCGUCGCAAGGAAGGUUCUGCAAGUGAGCGAGGCACAGGAACAAGUGUCCGCGGGAGAGAAGUCGAUCAAGGACACGAUGCUCGAGGGGUUUGAGCAAACAGCUAAGAAUUAA